CCAUGUCAAACACGCCUGCCCCCACCAAACCCAUAGUAUGGGUUGUCCAGCCGGGGGCUUCGGGUAAGCGGAAGCUCACUGUGGCUAAGAAUGACCAAGGUCCAAAGCGGACAAUGCCACCAACUGACCACAACACCUCAGCACCAAUGAGAACGCCUGAAGAGUCGUCAUCCAUGAAUCAGCCAAUCAGUGCAGAGAAGACAAAAGGCGCUGUUGACAAGGUUACAGAAACAGCUGUCAAUCCAGCAAGUGCUUCGGACAAGCUGAGAGAGAUCGUGGACCAAGUUACCAGAGAUUUGGAUGGAUCUGGAUCCAACAAUGUGGAUGGAUCUGGAUCUAACAAUCUGGAUGGAUCUGGAUCCAAUAAUCUUGAUGGAUCUGGAUCCAACAAUGUUGAUGGACCUGGAUCCAAGAAUCUGGAUGGAUCUGGAUCCAGUAAUGUGAAUGGAUCUGGUUGCAAUAUUGUUGUUAACUCGAACUCCAGCAGUGCAGCCACCACAUGUGGAACACCAAGCCCAGCAAGUUUAGACAGGGUGAUCAAGCAAGAACCAGAGGAUGACCAUGCACAAGUGCAAGAAGAAGACUACAGGGAAGACGAAGAUGCAGAAAACCCCAACAUGAACUGGGAGGACAAUGAGUCACUCUCCGAGGGAGAGAACACAGUAGAUGCAACACCAGAACAGGAAGCAUCAUGGGAUGCAGGAGGGGGUACCGGUGAUGCCAGAAGUGGAACAGCAUUAGAAGACAUUCCAAGUUCUUCUGGAGGGGGGAGUGCCACUGAUGGAAGAGCAGAGGUCCUUAUAGCACCGCAGGAAAACCCUCCAAAGUUUGUCAUGACUCGGGCGGCAUUAAAAAAUCCACAGCUUCUUCUUGGGAUUAAUGCAACAGCCAAACGCAAAAAGAAGCGAGGUAAAAAGCAGAAAUGCCCUUACUGCCCGUACUCAGUAGACAGUAGAGGACUCACGGCUCAUGUACGAAUCCAUACUGGAGAGAAGCCCUUCAAGUGUUCCAUGUGUGACUACUCGGCCUGCCAGAAAGUGAACCUGGACCGACACAUGCUGAAACACACCGGGGAGAAACCAUUCAUGUGUGGGGAGUGUGGCUACAGGACAGCCUACAAGGCUCAUCUCAUGCCACACAUGCUGGAACAUGCAGGAGCCAAACCAUUCGUGUGUGGGGAGUGCGGAUACAGGUCGACCAGAAAGAGUAACAUAGUUUGGCAUCAGAAGACCCACCAGAAGGAGCGCCCGCACAAGUGUCAACUGUGUCCCUACACCGCCAAAAGGAGCUCGGAAAUACGCAGGCACAUGGACUGUAAACACAAGGACAGAAGUAAAGAUCUAGAUGACCAUAGUCCAGACCAAGGGUCAUCUUCUGCGGCCAGCAACACAGUUACCGAUGACCAUCGAAGCUCUGAAGCAUCCACUGACGUCCAGGAGCAGCCCAGCAGUUCCU